AGCUGUCAGUUGGCCGUUUCUCGUCUAAGCAGUAGCUAGUUUCCCAUCAACACCGACACUAAUUCAACAGCAAAUGUAACCGUUUCACAGAAAGCCACAAUGGGAUUUACACCGAGAAGCUUUCUUGGUGUCAAACCGUCGAAAGCGCUUCUGUUGUUGCCUUUUCUGUUGACAUUAAUGCUCGCCGGGAGCCAAGGCGAGAGCAAUGCGAUGGACAACGUCGCAACGGAGAGGCUGGCUGAGGAGAGCCACCGACAGGACAGUGCCAACCUACUCAUAUUCAUAAUGCUCUUAACACUCACCAUUUUAACUAUAUGGUUGUUCAAACACCGGCGAUUUAGGUUCCUGCACGAGACAGGACUCGCCAUGAUCUAUGGCGUGUUGGUGGGUGUGAUCCUGCGUUUUGGCGUCCAUGUGCCCCAGAGCAUGAGUGACGUGGUCCUCGGUUGUGCUGUCAACGCCAGUCCCGCUACUCUGCUGGUCAACGUCAGCGGGCGAUUUUACGAGUACACUCUGAGGGGGGAAGUCAGCCGUGGCAACGGUCACCAAGUGCAGGAUGAUGAGAUGCUGAGAAAGGUGACUUUUGACCCCGAAGUGUUUUUCAACAUUUUGCUGCCUCCCAUCAUCUUCCACGCCGGUUACAGUCUGAAAAGGAGACAUUUCUUCAGAAACAUCGGCUCCAUCCUGGCCUAUGCUUUCAUGGGAACAGUUAUCUCCUGCUUUGUUAUUGGGCUGAUCAUGUAUGGCGUUGUGUCCUUCAUGAAAGUCAUGGGCCAGCUUGGGGGUGAUUUUUUCUUUACUGACUGCCUCUUCUUUGGGGCCAUCGUUUCAGCAACAGACCCAGUGACGGUGCUGGCUAUCUUCAAUGAGCUAAAAGUAGAUGUGGACCUGUAUGCUUUACUCUUUGGCGAGAGUGUCCUCAAUGAUGCUGUGGCCAUCGUACUCUCUUCCUCUAUUGUGGCGUACCAGCCUGCAGGAGACAACAGCCACAGUUUUGAGGCCAUGGCCAUGUUGAAAUCCUUCGGCGUCUUCCUUGGCGUCUUUAGUGGCUCCUUUGCUCUUGGGGUGGCCACUGGAUUCAUGACGGCUCUCGUGACCAAGUUCACUAAGCUGAGGGACUUCCCCUUGCUGGAGACGGCGCUCUUCUUCCUCAUGUCCUGGAGCACCUUCCUAUUGGCCGAAGCCUGCGGGUUCACAGGCGUAGUGGCUGUGCUGUUCUGUGGCAUCACUCAGGCUCACUACACCUUCAACAAUCUCUCCCCGGACUCGCAGGACAGAACCAAACAGUUGUUUGAGCUGCUAAACUUCCUGGCAGAGAACUUCAUCUUCUCCUACAUGGGUCUGACUCUCUUCUCCUUCCAGUCACACGUCUUCAACCCUAUGUUCAUCGUCGGAGCCUUUGUGGCAGUGUUUCUGGGCAGGGCUGCAAACAUCUACCCUUUGUCCUUCCUGCUCAACCUGGGCCGCAAGAACAAAAUUGGAUCCAACGUUCAGCAUGUCAUGAUGUUUGCAGGACUGCGCGGGGCGAUGACCUUUGCUCUUUCAAUCAGAGACACGGCGACUUACGCCCGCCAGAUGAUGUUUUCAACUACCCUCCUAAUUGUCUUCUUCACAGUCUGGAUCUGUGGAGGAGGCACCACGCCCAUGCUGUCCUUCAUGAGCAUACCGGUGGGUGUGGACUCUGAUCAAGACCACUCUAAUUCAGCGGUGUUGGAUGGGUCCCAGUGCAGGAACACCAAACAUGAGAGCGCCUGGCCCUUCAGGAUCUGGUACAACUUUGACCACAACUACCUGAAGCCCCUCCUGACCCACAGCGGCCCUCCUCUCACUGCUACGCUGCCUGCUUGUUGUGGACCGCUGGCACGAUGCCUCACCAGCCCACAGGCCUAUGAGAACGAAGGCCAGCUCUUCGACGAUGACUCGGACUUCAUCCUGAACGAUGCCAGCGUGAGCUCCAUGUACGCCGACGUCACCGUCAGCAUGGACGCAUCCGGCCGCACCAUCAACCGCUCCUCCGGCGCAAGGGGCGGCCCGUCUGACGAAGGUCUGGACCACGAGCUGGCCGUAGCGGAACAUGAAGUGUCCAUCAGGGGCACCCGCCUGGUCCUGCCCAUGGAUGACCCAGUGGAGCCCCCGACCACUGUCACCCUGCCCCCGCCUCCCUCCCCGCCACGCUCCGAACCUCGCAGGCACAGACUGUAAGACAGUUUACACCAUCAGAAUGCAGCUAAUUUGAUUUCACAAGAAAAUAGCAUCUGUUAGUUGAUUUGUUCUUGUAAAACAAACUGAUUCACGUAAGUGGCCAUGUUGACGGGACCAGUUCUCUAAAAUGGUUUUAAAAUAGGCCCAGCUUUGUGACUAACUUGAGGAGCACUUGAUUUAAUUAAUUUAGAUGGAUUACUGUAAUCUUGUGAAUGCACUACAUGUAAGAUACUGUUUAUCGAGUGCACCUCAAGUCUAAAGGUUACUUAGAAGAAAUGGGGCUGUUGUAUUUGCUCCUACGUUUGUACUCCUGUGGUGAUAUGCCAGUGCUGUUACCUAUGCUCUAUAUGAGCCCCGACUCCCUUUGACUCUAUGGGGAGAUCCCUAAAUGUUAGAUAUGCAGUUUACCCUUUUCUUUGUGGUGAUGUUGCUCCAGACAACCUGUACGUGUCUCGCUUCCUACAAGUAUUUGUAAGAUGACCUACAGUCUCAUUUAGCACAUUUUACCGGCACUCUAAAACUCUGCUCUAGUACCACUUACUAACAUUCAGUGGUGUCAAAGAAUAUUUGCACUACAGCCUCAUUACUAAUGUUUCUCAUCUAUCCACAGACUGAAUAAUAAGUUUGUCUCCCUCUCAAAGUUAAUAUGUGGAGAAGGUUCAGAGGAGGAACUGGGGAUUGUGAGUAGCCGAGGUGGGAGACAUUGACGUCUGUGAUGGAAGCAGAAUUAGCAGUUUUGAAUUUUGAUUUUUUUUUUUUUUCAAUAUGUUCUCCAAGAUUGUAAGAAGAUGCCAUUCGGCUCUUAAAUCUUAAAUUUGAGCACUGCCUGCGUCUUUUCUUUUUGAUCAGUUCUUUUACGUAUUCAUUUAUUUAUUUAACAACAAAUUAUUUAUUUAUAUAAUGAUUUAUUUUGUUUAUUUAAUAUUUAUUUAUUGUUUUGUGACAUUAAUGAUUAUAUUGCCCUGUUCGAAUAUAGGGCUGCUCGUUGGGCAAAGGCUGUUUUUUUUUCCUUUUUCCUAACGAAGCACUACAACUCUUCCCACACACGGUACAUUGUUCAGCAGGGAAGUCAUGCGGGAGGUGGAGAUUCAUCCCAGGAGUGUGUUCUUUACCAUGUGUGUGCAUGUUAAACCAUCUCCUUCCUGUUCUGUAGCACAUCCUUCUACUUUAUUUGAAACUAGAGCUUCCCUGCGUGUGUAUUUUUAUAGGUUUGUGUGUGGCUGAUGUCAGAAUGAAAUUAUACAAAUCUACUAAUGUGGUAGUCAGGGCUAAUGUCUGUUUCUGUGUUUUCUGUCUUCAUCUGAUUUCAUCUUCUUUCAAAAAAAACAAGGUAACUGCUGUUUUCUUUGUGAUGUCGUAUCAUCAAAGAUGACUGAGGGCUGGAUGAACUGUUUUAACUUAAAGUGCCUAUUCAGAAAUUCAAUUACUUAAUGUAAAUUUGUAUAUAUUUUGAUUUGCGGAUGUGCAGUAAUAUUAACUUUCUUGGUUUUUAUAUGACACAAACCCCUUUUGACUGAUGUUGAAUAUUGUGCUCCCAUAUAAUUGGGCCAUUAGGUGACUGCCUAUGCUGGAGAUGACAAAAGAGUGCACACUAAAACAUUGUACUUUUAUUAAUGGGAAAUACGUAUCACUAAUAUUUAUUGAAUAGAACAAUUCUGGGGAAUGUGUAGUAAAUAUCACAUUUACUUAAUCAAAAAGUGAAACUAUUGGGGGAUGUAUUUGAAUGCAACAAGAAGCCUCAUGUUCUAAGGUCAACGGAAAGACAGGAGGACACCGGUGACUUUUUCCCAAUGCAGUGUUAGUCUUUAUAUUCUGUUCCCACCUCAGUGAGAGAUGUUUUGCACUGAGGCAUAGUUAACCCUUGUUUGUGCUGUUUUCUGCUGGGUGAUUUUAAUGACUGAGGUAGGAAUUAAUACCUGAUAAAAAUCCCAUUUUCAAAUGUUCAUAUGUGCGUUUUACUGUGUCAGGCUGCACAUGAGUUGUCUUUUUGAUCUAAAUGUUAUUCUUAAUAAGAUUCUGCAUAAUUAUCCAGAGGACCAGGGAAUUUACAUUAUUUCUAUCAGUAAGGUACCUUUUGAUUUGUUGUUUUAAAUGUUAUUGAACCCUAAAAACAUACUAUGUUGAUAUGGUAAUUUUAAAGAAACAACCGCACCUAUAACUAAAAAUCUGAAAAUGUUUACUGUCUGUAAAAAUGGUUAAAGAUAGUCGUAUUUGUGAAAAGUACACCUGCAAAGUCUAAACGUGAAUGUUUUUUAAAUGUGAACUUUCAGUCUGACAUCUGCAAGUGUAGCCUACCUGAAGAUAAUAAAAACGAUU